ACAUUAGAUUCAGAAGCAGGCAGCUCUGAAUCACUUGAAACAAGAGUAACAUCAGAGGAUGUUCCACCAGAAGAAACAGUCAUAGAUAAACCAAAAGAGGAAACAGUACCUCUGACUGAAGUCAAUGUUGAACCAGUGAAAGACUCCAAAGAACCAGAACUGCUACAAGCUGUACAAGGAACCACAUCCGAUUCAGAAGCAGGUGGCCCUCAAUUACUUAAAAAGGAAGAAAUAUCAGAGGAUGUUCAAGUUGAAGCAGUUACAGAUGAACCCAAACAAGCACCUGAAAUCUGCAUUGAGCAAGAAGAACCACCAGUGGAACCAGAAGCAUUGGUACCUGAUGUAAAAGAUGAUGUAACUGAAACAGAAACUGGUGUAGCUGCACCAAGUGUAGAGGAAAGCAGUUCCCAGGAAACACAAAUACUGUCUGGCGAUGUUCCAGAACCAGCUGGGGAAGAUGUCAUUGCUUCAGUUCCUGCAGAAACUGAGGGAAAAGUUGUGGAUCAGGCUUUGGAGACAAACAACAAUCAAAAAACAGAGAGUCUCCCCCAAGGUGUUGAAGUAGAGCUUGAGGACAGCACCACUGAAGCUGUACAUGAGUUACAAGCAUCACCAGCAGUUACUUUACCCUCUGUUAUGGAGGAAGCAAGCUGCGUUCAGAUCCUGGAAGAGACGGUACUUUCUAAAGAAACCCCAGAGCCUUGUCUGGACAGUGCUGAAGCUACAGAUGAACCCACUCACACAGUGCAAGUCAACGGUGAAGUAGAAAAAAUAGAUGGACUUCUGAAUGCUGAGAUGAAGAUUGCUGAGGUUCAGCAUGUUUUAAUGAUGCAAGUAACCACGUGUAAUCUAAAUGAUGAGAUGCCUAAUGUUGUGGUAGAGGAAACAUCAGAAACUCAUGAACCCUUGAUAGGCAGAAUGGCAGGUGAGACCGAGCUCAAGGAGGCAGUGGAGAGCGCAACACCUUUACUGGAAGACAGUGUAGCGGUGGAGGACAGUCACAGAAUCCAAAUGCAGGUCGUAGAUGUGGAUAUUAAAUCACUAAUAGAGGUAGGGGUUACAGAAAACAAAGAAGUCACAGAUUUUUGUAACCAACCUAUUGAUAAAGUAGAAGUUCUCGCUGCAAUUUCGGGGAUUGAAGAGGAAGUCUUUAACAAGGAAACCAAGGUGACCGUUCAAGAGGAUAAUGAACAUGUAAAGGAGAACUUACCAAAGAAGAUACCUGAAUCUCUGGUUGUCAGUCUGGAACAAGAAAUUCUAAAAGAUGCUUUGACAGAAGUGAUAAGGAAUGAGUUAAAUCAGGCAGCGAAUCACAAAGAGUCGAAGGAGAGCACUGAGAUGUUUACGGAAAGACAAGAUGAAGGGUCUGUUGCCACCAGUGAUGAUUCUGCGAUCCCAACCGAACACCAUCACAUGCAAACAUCCGAUACUCCUGGACAUUUAGACAUUUCUGGGCAUGAUCUUAAAGUGGGUUUGAAGGAAACUAAAGCAGAAGAUGAAAUGUGCCCAUCAGAAGAACCAGCUGUGGAAAAAGUCAAUGAAAACACAACAGAAGCACAACAGACAACCCAAACCCAGAUUGUUACAACCAGUAAUGGUGGACUAGUAGCUCCACAAAACACUGGCUUAAUCUCGUCAGUACAUAACUUGGACUCCCCCUCGAGCUUUUCUUUGGAAGUCAAAUUCAACAUACAGUUUGGGCAAGCAAAGGCAGCAGAAUCUCCAACAUCUCCGACAGAGAAACUCAAACCUUUAAAGCAGACUGACAUGACUGAAGUCGACGUUCAAGUUGUGGCGGCAGAAGGAUCCACAAAUACAACAGAAAGAGACGAGAGCGAGAAGCCGACCUCGGAACCAGCCGUAAACUUGGAUUCAACCGAAGGGAUGAAGACAACUAGUCAGGCGGCACAACUGGACGUCGGCAUCCAAGCAAUGGAAACAAUAGAACCAGUAGAAGAAGUCACAUCUACAGAGACAGUAACCCCAAACGUCCAGGCGGCGGAAACAGUCCAACCAGUGACGCAAACCGAGACCAGGGAAGUGAUUCUGAGUCAACCGGCGCUCUACAAAACAGAAGCAGAGAAACCAAUAGUUGAACAAACCAAGGAGGAAAAUGAGGACGAUGUGUGGCUGGAUGCCGAGGAGGAGAUUUACGCUAAAGAGAAAACAAAGGAACCUCGAGAGCAAGAUGAAAAAGCAGAACGUGAACAAGAAACCCAACAAGAAGCGCACAAAUCCGAAGGAACGCCUGAGAGCGAGAGCGAAGGCGAACAUUUUGCUGUUGCGCUCGAGAAUCCAGAAACCAUAACUGCAAGCGACAUGACAAUGGAUUUGAAUUAAUUCAAUUCAACUGUCAGUAACUGGUCGGACAAUCAAAAAGGAACAGGAAGAACGUUUCAAAAAGCCAUUAAAGCCUUUUCUUUUGCAUUAUGUUGAACCAAAAAAAAAGGUCCAAUAUUUACAGAUGAGCUAGAUUUAUUAGAUUAUUUUAUUAGUAUUAUAAAAAGUAUGUUUUGUUUUUAUGAUGUGGCGAGAGGAGUAUUGUGAAGAAGAAGUACUGAUCUUCUCAGGGGGCAUGUUUGAGGUGUGACAGUGACCAUGAGUGGCCUCUUUCAGUAAAUUUAAUGAGCUGUUUGCUUUAAUUACUAAUCAUGCCGGGUCUUUCCAAUCAUAUUUCACAUCAUGCUCUGUCUCUGAAGUUGAUUUUUUUUUCAGCAGUUUUUUUGCCUUUUAUUGGUAAAAAAAAAAAAAAAAGCAUCAGAAUCAUUUACUCAGAAGCAACAUUACUUCAUGAUUUAUGCAACCAAACUACAGCACAUUUUAUAUCUAUUAAUACAUGUAGAUAUUUCACAGCUUUCUCUAUGCAUCGUUCAUGUUCACAGAUUGUUUCAUCUGUUUGAUUAUUUUACUUCACGUUUCCAUGGGAUCUAAAAGCAAUAGGCAGACCUGGACCUGAUGAGGAUAUGCAGUGUUGUUCUAUUUUAUCUUGUACAUAAUAACUGUUUUAAUGCUUAUACAGGCUGAACUGUGCACAUUUUCAAUCUACAAGAAUUUCUACUCUAAGCGCAUGAACAGAGCAUGGCACAAAAAAAAAAGUUAUAUUUGACACUAUCGGCCAGUUUCCCAGACAUGGAUUAAGCCUAAACAAAAUAAGUUUUUAGUCCAGAAUGAGGUGUAAUUCAUGUCUGGGAAUCUGAGCUAAUAUACUAGAGUUGAAGUUUAAUCUAAAACAUAUUUAUAAUUAAUAUAAUUACAAUCUGCAGAGCCUUAAUAAACAAUCAUGGCAGCUUUACUCCUACAGUUCCUUCCCCCCAGCUGUGCACUUUUAAGUAUCUUUGACACCACAUGUUCAGUAAUCGAACUGUGUAGCAGGAGCGUUUGUGAGGUGGUUGUUUGACCCGUUUGUCUCCUUUAUUUCCCCACAUACACUUUGAUGGAAAUUUCCUGCUGAUUUGAUUGAUCUGAUGUCAACUAAUGCAACAUGCAAAGCUGAGUUUCCUGUAUUUAUAUCUAUUUACCAGUGUUUUAUUAAUAAAAAAAAUAUUUUAUUUGAAUAAAUAAAAGCCGCAAAUUUCAA